UUUAUUGUAAAGUGCUCCUAUGUUGCAAUUGAAUAUAGAACCUUGCAUUCAGCGAUCAGAAUCCAAAGCCAUGUCGAAUGUAGACUGGAGAAGGCCAGCCCUCGAGAUUCUACUGAAACUUUAUAGGGAGCAUCCGAUGUUAUACGAUAUGCGUCAUCCGAAAUAUUACAACAAAACCGAACGUCAGAAAGCUCUUAACACAAUAAUUGAUUUGCUGGAGGAUCAUCGUCCAGGAACCACCACCCAUGACAUACUGAAAAAGAUACAGACUAUGAGAACGCAAUUUGGACAAGAGCUAAGCAAAACUAGAAAAAUGCAGAACAAGGGAGUUUCAUACACCCCCACCGUCUGGUGGUAUAAGCAUUUAGUUUUCCUGCGAAAUCAUAUCAGGCCAAGAGCGCUGGACGACGAUGAUGAUUACAACGUUUCCAUAUCUCAAAAACAAGACGGCGACUAUGAGAGUUACACCGGAGACGAUUCCUGUGAUUACGAAAAUGAAGGUCAUUCCGAAAUUGUGUACGAAAUACAGAGCACACCUUCUAGUAAAGGAUCCAAAGCAGAGUUCAGUAGCGAAACAAAACUGUUCCGAAAAGUUGAAAACACACCGGCAACUCAACUGAACGGUUCGAAAGAUGAAGUUAUUUAUGAGAUCACCCAAGGAAAUACCCUGGUUCCGAAACGUAAGAUUGACGUGUUUUCACCGGAAGAUUCGACUCCGAAGCAUGCACGCACUGAAACCACUGCCGAAGAUCAUUUAUCAGUUAGUCAAGUCAACACUGGUCGUAAAGUGGAAAUGAUCGAACUUGCGGUUGAUAGCGACCGAUGUCGCAGCCUUGGCCAUUUCGUUUCGUCCCAGAUGGCCUUAAUCAAGGAUGACUUUCUGUUUUACUCAACGCAGAUGGAGGUACUGAAUAUCAUUAACGGUGCCCAUCUUAAACAACUGCAGAUGGAUCAAGGUAACAAGGCAAGCCAAUCUGGUGGCUAGUUUCUAUUUGACAUUAAUAUAGAGUAUGGUAAUAAGGAUCCUUUAUUUAACAAACAAGAGAAAUGUUUUCUUGACAUUAACUGUAUAAAAUUUGAAUUUUUGAAUAAAUGUAAAUUUUCAAACCAUGUUGCAUACCAAAUACAUAAAAUAAAAUGUUUAUAAAAAAAAAGUAGGGUGCUUCAACUCAACACUGCUUUAGUCUUUAUUCGUUUUUCGCUUUUUAGCUUUCAUAUUUUUGGGUAAUAGGAAGACUCCCAAAUU